AUGAAUAAGCCGUUGAGAAUUGUAACCAACAAUGCAAUAACUACGGCAGAGCAUUCGUUGUAUCUUAAUCCUGCCAAGUAUCUCGUUCCUCCUGAACUGAGACUCUGUGUAUUUGCUCAUGACAAUGGAUUUCUUUGUAAAGUUUAUUACAGGAGAUUUAUGCGGCUAAAACCUUUCAUAUCCAAUCGAGCUAUGGUCAGAGAUACUUACAAAGAGUAUAUCAGAUAUAAAUUCAAACAAGAGAAGUAUGCACGUAAGCGGUUAUUAGUUCUCGGGAAUGAUCACGAUAAAUUAACGUUCCUAACCAAUGACGUCAAUGAUAAUAGUCAUUUGUUAUCUAGAAUUCACAAUACCUUAACGUUUAUUGUCAAAGCCACAAGUCAUAUAUCUCCAGAAAUCGAAGAUGUGGAGGGGCUUACUGUUGAUAAUUCUUACUGUAGGAAAAUUUUGAAAAACCUAUUAACUAUAGAAUACGAGAAACAGUCCAAAAUCUCACAUUCUAAGGACCCUAGCGAGAUGUAUGAUGAGUUACGAAUCUCGUUCAAUUAUUUGCAAGGAGAUGCAGAUAGUCGAGUCAAUAAUAAGAGCAAAUCAAAGAUGUACUCCAAUUCAGCAGUAUUUAGGGAAUACGAUAUAUUUUUAGUAUUAUUAAACGAGACUAUUGGGACAAUGUUGUAA